UACUGCGCACGCGCACAGCGGGAAGCCUCGUCUUCACUGCCUCUUCCGGGAGCACAGACAUGGCGGAGUGCACCUGCGCGGUCUUCCGGGUAACAUCUCCACGUGUCAUACCGCUCUUCCGGAUUCUGUUCCACCAAUGAGGAAGCGCGGUGGUCGUUGUCCAGGAUGACUCGGGAUCGGAGGCGUCAUGGGGGGUCUGACCAUCGUCCUCCACCCUCCAGAAAACCGCCCCCUCCUCCUGGCCGGGAGGGGAGCCGCGUCCUGCUGGUCGCCAUCUUGUCCUGUGUCAUUGGCCUCAGUGCCUUUGGAUACGGUCAUUACAAGAAGUGGAGCCUGGCAGUGAGGGUGGUCACCCUGCACCCCGCACCCCUCAUCCUGACGCCCAACAGCACCUCCUCCGCUGCAGCCCCCCACUACUUCUGGGGCUCAUACAGACCACAGGUCUACUUAGGCAUGAAGACACGGAGUCCACGUUCUGUGGUCACAGGGCUGAUGUGGCUCUCGCAGUCGGGGUCCCCGUCUCUCCGUCACACAUGUGAGCAGGGCGAUGGUCUGCAGCGGUACGGGUGGCUGAUGCACGAUGGAGUGAACUUUGGUGUACAGGAGAUUAAAGACAAGGGCUUUACCCUGAGGACGGAGUUUGUGAAGAGGCCUGGAGGCCGCCAUGGUGGAGACUGGAGCUGGAGGAUUACAGGGACCCCUGAUGAUCCGACCUCCCCCGGCCGCCUUGUGUCUGUCCUCUUCUAUGUGGCCACAGAUGGUCAGGGCUCACUGACCCCUCAUAUGGACAACAUAGACCGCCUGAGCUCGGUGACGGGCACAUCCGAGGAGCUUGGAACAUUUACCAUCCACUUUCCUAAACCAGAAGGAGGCGCUAGUGGACAUGUAAGUUACAACCAUCUGGUGACGGUUUGCCCCGGACUUCACCAUAUCACAGACGUUGUGCGCAGUAGUAUGAGGGACCGCUUCAACCACCCUGCAGCCGACAGCAGCACCAAGCGACGUUACUUCGGCCUCGAUGCCUAUCAGCCCCCGUCCUCUCCUGGCUCAGACCACACUCACAUGGUGAUUCACCAGGUCACCAUGUACCUUCCCGCUCAGGUAGAGAUCCUGUUUGAGUCGGACAGCUUCACGCAGAGGCAGGGACCGCUCUCCGGUGCUGCAUUCACUACUGAGCUGGAAACGCACAAGAAAGACAUGGAGGAACGCUUCCGGGAACGGUUCCGUCUGGAGGAGAAAGGCUUCAUCUCGGAGCAGGUGUCCUUUGCUCAAGCUGCUUUGUCCAAUAUGGUGGGAGGGAUGGGCUACUUCUAUGGCAGCUCCUUAGUCCAGUCCCGGCACAAUCCAGAACCAGUCGCCUAUCCUCCGGCCCCUCUACAUACCGCUGUCCCGUCCCGAUCAUUCUUUCCCCGAGGCUUCCUGUGGGACGAGGGCUUCCAUUUGUUGCUCAUUGCUCGGUGGGACCCCACGUUGGCCUGGCAGUCCCUGGCGCAUUGGCUGGACUUGAUAAAUGCAGACGGCUGGAUUCCUCGCGAGCAGAUCCUGGGACCGGAGGCUCGCAGUAAAGUGCCUGCUGAGUUUGUAGUUCAGUGGGAAGAGAACGCCAACCCCCCCACUCUGUUCCUGGCCCUGCGGCAGCUGCUGGCGGGUGGGACAGUGUCAGCCGAGGGUCUCCAGUUUCUCCGCAGCGCACUUCCUCGUUUGCAGACCUGGUAUGACUGGUUCAAUAACACUCAGAACGGGCUUCUUCCAUAUACUUACCGUUGGCGCGGAAGGGACCGGGACACCUUGCGCUUCCUGAACCCAAAGACUCUGACAUCUGGCCUGGAUGAUUAUCCUCGAGCCUCACACCCCUCUGACGAUGAGCGCCAUGUGGACCUGCGAUGCUGGAUGGCCCUGGCGGCUGAGGUCAUGGCCACCAUCUGUGAGCUGCUCAGAGAAGAUGGGGGGCGAUAUAAGGCAUCUCACAUGGCGCUUACCGACAACUCUCUAUUGGACAAGCUCCACUGGUCGGAGAGACUCGGCGCUUAUGCUGAUUACGGGAACCACACCCAAAAUGUGGCUCUGGAAUGGGAGAGAAUUCGGCCAGCCCCUGGACAGGACCCUCGCAGUGUGCCACCCCCAAGAUUAAUCAGAGUAGUCAGAAAAACCCCAAAACCGCAGUAUGUGGGUGCCCUUGGCUAUGUCUCCCUGUUCCCCUUUAUUCUAGAAAUACUAUCUCCGGACUCGCCGAAGCUCGGUCGCCUCUUGGAUCACCUGAGAGAUGCCGACAGGUUGUGGACCCCUUAUGGAAUCCGCUCGUUGUCCAAGAGCAGUCCUUUGUUUAUGCAGCGUAACACGGAGCACGACCCCCCGUACUGGAGGGGCCCCAUAUGGAUUAAUAUUAACUACCUGGUGGUCAGGGCUUUGUACAGGUACAGUCAGAUGGAGGGACCUUACCGAGAGCGAGCGCUAGGCUUGUACCGGGAGCUGCGCACCAACCUCAUCUCCAACCUCUACAGACAGUAUAAGGAGAGCGGUUUCCUGUGGGAACAGUACAAUGACCACACGGGUCGUGGACAGGGCUGCCACCCGUUCACCGGCUGGAGCUCGCUCAUCGUGCUGGUAAUGGCGGAGGAAUUCUGAGGAGGAAGCUCGGGGUGAGGCCUUGUGUGCAGGACGUGGAUCGGAGGUGUCCUCCCCGAGAAGCAGCGCUUCCUUACACCUCUGUAAUACUGUGAACACUCAGCAUUGUAUGGAAUCCAUGGGUGCUCUGUACAGCGCUGAGGGUGCCACCCUCGUG